UUCGAGAAAAUGAAAUAUGCUCUAUAUUAUAAUAUUACUUGUAUAAAGAAAUUGGAUUGUAUGGAGGCUGAGAAAGCUGAGGCUGAGAGAGUGUGUGUUGCUGCUGAAGUGCAAGCUGUAGUAGCAGAGGAAUCUGCUAUUGCAGCUAGGGAUUCUUUCUUUGAAGGUUUUAACUGGAACUUUGUAGAUUUGAGAGAUUCUGUGAUAGAUUAG